UCCUUUGGGAAAUCAACGGCAGUAAAUCUCGCUAUGAUCCGCUACAUGUGAAUCUGAAAGGAGGGCCACAAAAACGCUAUGUACGCUGUGACCCACGGGAUAAUACUGGCAGUCUCUUUCACUGUAAGAGAGCAGAGAUACGGCAACAUACGACGCGCCUCGUUUCCUUCUCCUCGCGUAAAAGCAAAUCAAAGAAACAAGUCUAAUGAUUUAAUCCUUCUAUGUUGUUUACUACUACUAUUAUAAUUAUUAUUUAACUUUUAAUUAAGUUUCCCUUGCAAUUAUCUCUUUAUACUGUUUUUUCUCCUCUUCCUUAGCAGCUAUGGCGUUUAGAAGGGCAUGUGGGUUGAGUGUCGGUGAUCAUAGCAAAAGCACAUUUGUUGAACUACAGAGAAAGAAGGUACACAGAUAUGUGAUAUUUAAGAUUGAUGACAAGAGAAAUGAGGUAGUGGUGGAGAAGACUGGAGGAACAGCUGAGAGUUAUGGUGAUUUUAGUGCUUCUUUGCCUGAGAAUGAUUGUCGUUAUGCUGUCUAUGAUUUUGAUUUUGUCACAUCUGACAAUUGCCAAAAGAGCAAGAUCUUCUUUAUUGCUUGGUCUCCUUCUGGGUCUCACGUUCGUGCAAAGAUGCUAUAUGCAACUUCCAAGGCCAGGAUCAGAAGAGCACUGGAAGGCGUCCAUUAUGAAAUCCAGGCAACUGACCCAACUGAGAUGGAUCUUGAGGUGCUCAGAGACCGUGCACGGUGAACGCCCUUAUACAAUUGAAUAUGUUCCAAAUGUCUAGGAAACCGGGAGAGACAUACUUUUUGUUUCUUUAAAUCAGUUUCAUGUCACAAGCACAAAGUACAUAUAGCUUAAUUGUAAUAAAUAAUCAACACCUGUGAAGGCUGAUCGGGAGUUCAGGGCAAACAUACCUUGGUAUGGAUUGAGCUCCCUAUUUCCAUGAUGCUUCUCAGGUGAUAUUGUAUACGGUUUUGCAUACCAAUGGCUACCAAUGAGAUGGGUAUUUUAGUUA